AUGAAAUCAAUCGAGGAAACAAAAUGUGAAUAAAGUGCGAAAAAUAAUAUUUCCUGACUUCUUGGACUUUUAAAAAGCCUCCAUUAGAUUGAAAACUGUCGAUCAUUUGAUAGAGAAGGAACGUCGUUUUACGAUCUGGAUCUGUGUCCUUUUGACGAAGUUGUUUUCCUAAAAGGCAAAAAUGGAGGAAAUCAAGAUUCCUUUUCCAGUUGAUUGACAAUUUCAUCUUAACAAGACAGCAAACAAUUUCUGAAUCAAGAUUCAUUCUAUCUCCCCCAGAAUGAAAUAUCAAUUGAGAGGAAUUGUAUAUAACUCAGUGACUCGCUUCAGUUGCUAAUAAUCAUGAAAUUGGUCUCAGUGAUUGGCCUCCCACUUCAAUAUGAUCGUAUCCGAGAGAAAGAAAAUACUGCGCGGGAGGAGAAAAAAGUUGCAGCAGCUUUGGAAAAAUAUUCAUAACCGCCAAUACCUCGCUUACACAAGCGUGUCGUGCGAAUACUUGAGAAAAUCGUGUUUGUCAGGAUGAAGCCAACGCUGAAGAUCUUUUCCCAACGCCUCUCUUUAUAUAACCAAGUCUCUCUCCACCGGUUGUUAUAAGCGAAGCGUUGUCAGACAAAGAAAAAAAAACACCCCGGAAAAAAAAUCCAGUGCCGCGUGGCCUUAAGUCCAAGUGAGUUAAGUGACUCGUCUGGAUCCUCUUAAAAUUCUCUCAGAAAAAUCUCUUUUCUCGUUCGACUUUUAAAUUUAUCUCGUUCCAUAAGAGAAAAGUGCGAGGAAUGAAAAAGCGAUUAAAUAAAGCGCAAUACUAACAAUGAGAAUAUUCUUGAAGGUUUUACACAAAUAUUUACGCAUAAAGCAAAGAGAUGGAGUAAUAAAUAUUUAACUAAUUUUCUAGUGAAGUUCAUUUUUUUUUUCAUUUUGUGUACACAUUCAAAAACAGCCAGAUCUAAAACCACAAAUCAACAGUUCCUCUCCGUUUAUAAUUUCGACGAAUUAAAAACUGUUUCUCGUUCCGGAAACGUCUGCGCUUUUCAUUCUAUGAAAUAAACUCUCGCGUUUGGGGGACAAAAAAACGAACAACAACAACAACAACAGUAAAAUGAAUAAUUCAUCGCACAUGGGUGACGGUUAUCCAUGGACACGGUGACAAAGUGUCGCGAUUUGUCAGAAAUCGUAAGCAGAGAAAAUUGAAAUUAAUUGAAAUCGUGGAAAAUUAUUUGCAGAGAAUAUAGUAAAAUGCUCAAUUUAAUUGGGAUGUGAAGAAAUUUGAGAAUAGUGAAUGAUUGUUAGAGGGAUUCGUCUCUCGUUUGUAUAUAACUAUAUAUACAUGUCUGUGUUUUGUAGCUUGGAUUCUCUUGAUCUUUGUGGCUCUAUCUCCUCAUCUUCAGAACAUCUACUCUUAAAGAGAAGGCAGUGUUUCGUAAACGUCAUUGGCUCGGGUUGUUCGUUUCUAUAAAUCUAACAAAUGUGAGAGAGAAAAGGGGGAGAGAAAGAGAAGAGUGGCCGUGGUGAAGGCCCUGAAAGGAUGGAGAAAGAUAGUACUCGUCAUUACAGAGCUUACGAGGGCUUGAAGGCCGCAAACAACGGCAACACGUCGUCCUAUAAAACCAGUUCAGAGUCCUCUAAAGCACAGCAGAGCCAAGUAAGAUGUCUGUGCUUUGGAGGUGUUCCUGACAAAGCGAGCCACCAUUCCUUCCUCAAAGGUUUCAUCAUAAACCUCGGAAUCUGUGCACUUCUCGUUGCAUAUACGCUUUUAGGAAGCUUCAUCUUCUUGGCGAUAGAAGGAGGUGUUGAUAGUAUUCAUCAGAGAACCCUUGCAACCACCAUUGCUAGUGGUAAUCAGUAUGGAAGGAGAAACACUACAGCUCGGAUACAACAGAUAAACACAGAAGCGCGAGAGCGAACUGUAGAGAACAUAUGGGAAAUAACAGUGAAUUUGAACAUUCUAUAUCGAGAGAAUUGGACGAGGCUCGCAGCGCAAGAGAUAGCCCGUUUUCAGGAUCAGCUGGUGAAGAGGAUCACCGAGGAAAUGAUAGCAUCGCAAAGCUCUGGGACUCCCACUAAAACCUCCAACAAUGAUGGAGUCACCGAGCGACGAGUUCCGGAAUACGAGUGGAACUUUGCCAAAGCUUUCCUCUAUUCUCUCACUGUGCUCACAACUAUCGGAUAUGGAAGCAUAGCUCCGAGAUCGUCUUGGGCCAAGGUCGCGACAAUGGGUUACGCGAGUUUGGGAAUUCCCUUGACUUUGGUGUACUUAUCAAGUGCUGGAGGUUUAUUAUCACGUUGCGCCCGGGGCGUUUUUACCCGAGCUCUCUGCUGCUGCCUUUGCUCCAAUUGUGGUUAUUGCUGUUACGAUGAAAGACGGAUGCAGGAAAAAGAAAGGCGAAUGAGAAAGAAAAGACAGCAGGAGGAAAUGGCACAACAGCAACAACAAAUGCAACUGCAGGAGCCAUUUUACGUGAGGGCGAAUGCCUCAACAUAUCCAAAUGUCGAGAUAAAAGCGAGUCCAAAAGAUGAGGUUUCAAGUCUUGGUUCUGGUGAUAGACCGAAUGUUACAAUUCUUGCACCAAUUAGCAUAUGUCUUGGGGCAAUGUUGUGCUACAUUGUCGCCGGGGCAUUUGCUCUUCAUAAAUUAGAAGGAUGGACUAUUGUGGAUGCCUGUUACUUCUGCUUCAUGAGCUUAAGUACAAUUGGCUUUGGCGACAUGCUACCAGGUUCCUAUCCACAUUAUAAUAUUCACGAAUCACAGAAUAUAACCAUCUGGUUCUGUUCCUGUUACAUAAUGUCAGGAAUGGCUUUGACGGCAAUGUGCUUCAAUAUUCUGCAUGAUGAAAUUGUUCAUCGACUUAACCACCAGAACGAUAAGCAGGAACCAGUCAAGACCAGUCCCAGUGUCGAUGAAUUAACAUCAACGGAUCCUUUUGCCCUCACAUCGUGACAAUUUCCC